AUGUUCACUCGUACCCCUGCGAGACUAAUACGGAGUUCUGCGGCGAGCUCGGUGCGUUUUCAGUCAUCAUCCUCAUCGACCUUGAAGAUCAAGAAACAGGUCAUUCUCCAAGACCAACAGAAGCAGCUUAAGUCCACCAAAACUUCCAAAGCUUCCAGCAAAGACGUCGCCAAAACGAGAUCUAAUGAGUCGGCGAAAGGGUUAUCGGAAAGACCAAAAAAGGGGUUUAGCUCGUUGCCUAAGGUUCCUUCCACACUAAGAUUGAGCCCCAAGAACUUGUUGCUGGACAAUCUCUUUUCAGGAUACAGGCCCUUGACAUCGCCAAUAAAGCCUCUGUCGAAACUAAACAAAUCACCAAAGACUUACUUGUAUUUGGAGCUAGACUCGGCCGAUUAUCUAGACGAGCAAGUGCAAAAAGAGCCAGAGGAGAGAAACCAUUCGAGAUAUCAGUACUCUAAUUACAGCUUUGCGAAGCCAGAGAUCAUCAAGAGUCCAGUGACGGCGAGUUCGACGUCUGGUCAGAAGGGAUCUAAGAGAUUCACUGAAAGAGAGGGAAAAAGAGGAAGGAAGAGACUGGCGACACCAGCCAACGACAAGAAGCGUUCAUGA